AACUCAAGUUAUCACUAACAUAGUUUCUAUCCAUCCAACCAACAAGACCUCAUCACCUUCUGUUGAACAAUCAUCUAUCUAUCUGCAGCUCUCGCCAAAAAGCUUUCCCUCCGCCCCCCCCCCUAAUGAAGUUUCAUCAAGCUCAAUCAAUCGCCCAAGGCAACCCCCAACCUAAGGGCAAGUUUUCACCCGAUGCCCGAUAAUAACAUCCUAAUUAACCACGGCAUAUCACAACAUCCUUCCAGCCGUUCACCCACAUCGCGGCGAUGCGGCUUUCAUGUCCCCACCAGCUCUAGAAUCUGGAAACCCUAGUCGGUCAAAAGGUCAAGGCCAUCGGAACUUGCUGCCGGAUAUUUCCUGGGUGCUCAACCACAACGGCCAUCUAUCAUACUUCCUCUACUAUGGUGCCUAGCUGGGGAUGCCCGUGAGAUCAUACAUGAGGACGGGACAUACUCUGACCACGUAGAUACAUGUCAUAUUGUCCUGGUUCCUAUCAUAUGUACACGUCUUGGUCCAGACCGAGACCCAGGUAGUGUGGUCCAUCUGAUGCCCCCUCACCUUGCCGCCUUUCCCCUCUCCAUCCCAGGGCCUUUUAUAGUCUUUGGAUCUGCAUGAUUGAUUUCUAUGGUCAUUGCGACGAGAAGAAAGCCACAUACUUGUCGCAAUGCGGUUUCUCUGUCUUCCGGGAGCCUAUGGCAGCUCCGAUAAGUUCCAGGUUCAGCUAGCACCUAUCGUCAAGGAGUUGACUGAAGAUGGAACGGCUACCUUCCACUUCAUCCACGGCCCCUGCAAAGCCGUGCCGCCCGAGGGCUUCGAGGCGUACUUUGGAAAGCCGCCCUAUUACCGCUUUAUCGAGCCCGACCGGGAUGUGGAAAAGACCCAAGACGAUGACGUCCUGGCCAGGAUCAGGGACUUUCCCAACUGUGAGAGUCCCGAGGACACCAUGCGAGAGCUGAUGAGCGAGGGCGUCGCCACCUCGCAUCGCAGUACCGACAAUGCACUCAAAUAUCUGAUCAGAAUCAUGGACGAGCGCGGCCCAUUUGAUGCCAUCAUUGGCUAUUCGGAAGGCGCCGCUGUUGCUGCCACGCUUCUGCUUCACGAGCAGAGGCGCUUCAAGAAGAAGGGUAUCAAGCCCAUGGUCAAGUACGCCAUCUUUUUCGCUGGCUGGCCCCCGGUCGACCCUGACACCCACCAAAUGAUUCUGAGCGACGAGUCCGACGUUGUGAUUGAAAUCCCUACAUGUCAUAUUAUCGGCUCCUUGGACCCUUAUGUCCAUGGAUCUUUGGCCCUUUACAAUGUGUGCGAUCCCGCUUCUGCCUAUCUCUUCGAUCACGCCAAGGGCCACACACUACCGCGGGACAAGGAAACUGUAAAGGAACUGGCUAAUGUGGUACGGGAGGCUGCCUGCCUCUACGGAAUCCACGCCUGAGUAGCGUAUGUUAAAGGACAGCUGUUUGCGCAGAAACAGUAAACGGAUAAAUGUCGAAUUGGUAAUACAAAGACACCUUAUCUGAAGCCUCAAGCGAACCAAGUGAAUGGCCAACAUGGAUCAAUAUCAGGUGCCAUAAAGGAUUGGGCAACCAGCCAAGCCUGGCGAGGGAGGCACAUGUAGCAGCAUACCGGGAGUGGCUCUCGGUCGCGGCACAGUUUCGGGAGCUGUCCGUGUUCCCCAAGGUACUUUGAAUGCAAAGGACCGGACAAUUUGACGACGGCAUUGGGACGCCCACUUUGCAGUUACAUGACAAGGGAGAAUGCAACUUGAUCGAUUAUCUGGAUCGUCUCGGCACCACAUGGUCACAGCUCUGGCUGUGCAAGAAAUCCAACGGCUGAAUCUAUGUUGGCGACCAACCAGGAGGUAGGCGGUAGGGGUUCAAAGACCAAUGACUGCACCAAGCAGUGAAAUCAACUGGAG